AUGUCGGACCGGUCACAGUUGGUGAACCGCUCGGCACAGGAGCACUUGAUGUACAUCCAGGAGAAGGUGAAUCCCGUCCUGGAGGCGUUGGUCACCGCAGUGCUUUUGGAACGACCCGACGAUCCUUCCUUCUUCAUGCUGAGGUGGCUUUGCGAGCAGACCAAGUCACUGGAUGGUGCAGAACAAGGACAGCGCACCUCAACGGCUGAAGAGAUCGAGACCGUGCAGACGGAAAUCAAGAGAUUGCAGGAGAGGAAGUCGGAGCUCUUGGCGAUCCUGGGCGGAUUCGAGGACUCCGGGCUUGCAAGUGGGAUGGAUGUGAAGUCCGAGAGGUCUACCAAGGCCAAUGAAGAGUCUGAAGAAGAGGAGGAGGAGGACGAGGACGAAGUCGACGACCUGCCUGAGAAUCUCAAGCCCAUUCGUCCACGGCAGAGUGUCUCGGCAGAGGCCUAUGGCGCUUGGAACCAGAAAUGUGCCUUCAACGCUCCUGUGUAUGAGAAAUCAGAUGACCAGAAAGCACGCAUUGAGAAGUGUUUGGCACCGAAUUUCCUGUUCCAAGCCUUGGAGAAGAAGGAUCUAGCCACCAUCAUUCUCGCAUUUCAGGAGAAAGUGGUAGAGCCUGGAGAGACUGUGAUCCAAGAAGGUGAGGAUGGCCAAAGCAUGUUUCUCAUUGAGGAAGGGGUGACAGAGUGCUUCAAGAAGCAAAACGAUGAGCAGAAACUCGUGAAGACCUGUGUUGCUGGUGACAUCUUUGGGGAGUUGGCUUUGCUUUACAACUGCCCCAGGGCAGCCACCGUGGUUUGCAAGGACAAAGCCACCCUGUGGGAGCUUGAUCGGGAGACCUUCAACAACAUCGUCAAGGAUGCAGCUGCCGGAAGGAGGGAGACCUUGUCGCACUUUUUAAAGGAGGUCCCCCUUUUCUCGAGCAUUGACGAGUACGAACUGAUGACCAUCGCCGAUGCCAUGAAGGUGCUCGUCUUGGAGGAGGGCACGGAGAUCAUCAAGCAGGGUGAUUCGGGUGACUGCUUCUUCAUUGUCAUGGAAGGCGAGUGUGUGGCGAUGAAGGCCUUUGUAGAAGGACAAGAGCCACAGAAGGUCAUGACCCACAAGCUUGGUGACUACUUUGGAGAGCUCUCCCUCAUUUCCAAUGCCCCAAGGGCCGCCAGUGUUGUGGCAUCUACGCCCAAUGUGCAGUUGAUGUCAAUGGAUCGCAAGACCUUCAAGCGAUUGAUGGGUCCCAUAGUGGACAUUCUUCGAAGGGAGGCCGUUCGCUAUGAUGCACCCGCAUGA